AUGGCUGCCACCACUUUCUUCACCACCGACUCCCUCGUCAACUUCGGCCGUUCCGGGUACAACAAGGGCAACUCCGACGACGAUGAGGAGAACAAGCUCGUCAACUACGGCCGCUCCGGCUACAACAAACCCCGUCCCGAUUCCGAGCUACUGGUAGCUCGAACGGGGCGGGAAGCGCCACCGCUUCUUUCGCAUUUCCUUUCCGGCGCACUGGACCUUCAUCGGGACGCAUUUCGGAGCAUAGAAUAG